ACCGUAGCCUCCCUGGAGGUAUUCCCGUGUGUAGCUCGGGCUACCGAGCUACACUCGGGCUUACCAUGCAGUGCUUCUCCGGGAUCCCUUGAUCACUUACCUUGUCCUGCUCUCCCGCGAUGUCCCUCCUGCAGUGUCAGCGGCAAUGUAAUCUGGCGGAUGCCGGCAUCUGUCAUCUGGGUUCCGUCCCCUGCGAGCGUCGGAACGUACGGGGGACGGAACUUCGGGAAAUUUGAAAAUGACAAAAAGUGACAUUCACUAAAAUCACAUAGUAAAACAUUACUGUAUCAAAUCAUUUCACAUACAU